GGUGUACAGUGAUCAUCUUGUGGUAGAUUUGUUUUCUCAGGGAUAAGUGAUACUCUUUCUCCAAGGUCGAAUCAUCCCUAGGUUUAGGAUGUCCUCAAACCAUUGAAAAGGUCCUACUAGAAUUGAUCAACAUUUCUGCCAUUACCUGUUGAAGGCAGAGCUAAGAAGAUCGUAACUUUCCUCAACUUAGUUACUUUCCAGCUUUGUCAAAUCACAACAAUUAUAAUAUCAGCUGCGUACAGUGGUUCGAAGGAUGAUGCAGCGGUCGCAAGGGUCCACCUUAUCCCGUCAAUGUGCCAAUGCACCUCCCCCAGGACAUCUACUGGCCGACGAGAAAUGGAGAGGGCACGAGAUAUUGUCAAGUCUAAGAGGCCAGGUGUCUGUCAUUCUUGAUGCAUCGCUCUCUCCUGUGGACUUCUACCCAUCCGGCGGAGCUGCUGUCUUAUACCUGACUGAAGCUGACCUUGUGGACUGUGAGAAGUGCGAGCAAAAGUUUACGCGGCUGCAAAAGAUGGGUCUAAACGGCGUGGUGUUGGCAGAGCGCACAAGUCUCUCAGCUACCUACUUUGAUCAGCUUCAGCAGCAGGCUGUCCUCAACUGUUCGCUGAAUGUCGUUCCUGUUUCGUGUCCGGAUGAUGCUGGGCGCAUUCUGGCGACAAUGGUGCGGAAAGCAGCAUCCCAUAGCAAGGUCAACCCGCUGGAAGAAUCAACAAAUGACAAGGUGGCGUGGGACGACGCGUUGCUGAAGGGUCUAUGCACUGUUCCUGGUCUUGGCCGUGUCAAAGCUAAGUCUCUCCUCGUCAAGUUCAGAAACUACAGUGCGCUAUGUAAAGCGUCAAAGCAGGAUUUCACGCCUCUUGUAGGACAGAAGCUGGCAUCAGCUGUAUACAACUUCCUUCAUGCGUAGCGUGUGGAGAAUGCCGCAGAUAGUAGUCAGUUUUACCAUGUUGCGAAUACCCGUGACGGUUUGGCGAUGUCCAUGUCUCGGAGCUGACACUGGAUGCGCUUGGGUCUCUGAUUGCAGCACCAGCAUGACUUGCUGUGUGCCGCUGGGGAGACAGAAAAUCAUCAGAGUCGACGUGCUGCGGAGUAAUCGGGCCUUGAGUCUGCUCUGAGAACCUGAUGGCCAGGUCGAUGUUGCGCUCGUUGUAGCGCUGCGGCUGCUCAGGCGGCGACCUGACAUCACUGACGUGCUGCAGCAGGUACUCGUCAUCUGUAUAUUGCUGGUCGUGAUGAUCACAGCCUGCUGUAUCCUCCUCACCGAUCAUGUCCGAUAAUGACAGGCUGUGCCUUCGAUUGUCACCGAAGUUGAACUUCUAUCCAGCCAUACACAGUGUCAACAACACAACGAGCAACAGUGAUUAGUACACGUGCGUUCACUUGUCUCCCUGAGCAAGCUAGGCAGCAGCAGCCUGAGCAUAUCCUUGGCCACACUACAGUGGAGCCUGGCACAGUCCGGGUUACACUGCAUGACACCCUAACAGUUUAAAUACUGGCAUGAUAUCUCUAAGUGUUUCAGGUGCAUGAAAGGAUCAACUUGCGUAAUGAAUCUCCCAUACCAACAUUAUGUUUGUAUUUGUCGUGACCGUGACUCGCUGUAGUCUCUCGCUGCUAAACUGUUCAUCUUGUGCAGGGGGGCUACUAUGCUAGCCGUUAUACUGCUUUCUAUACAAGGCUGAUAUUUUCUCUACCAGUUGGAGCUUUAGAGGAACUUGAAAAGUGUCUUUGCCCCAUUGCUCGAAUUCUCUGCGUUCUGUUUUCAAGUGUUGAAUUUUCCUUUCACCAUUGCUUUAUGAAUUGGCUGUAUAGUGUCCAAUGCUGUACUGUGGCACACACUGUGCUGUUAUCAUUAACUGCAUGCUUCCAGCGCAUUACCUCUAGGUGUGAGAAGACGUGUCGGAUAUCUGUAAGCUCCUGAGACAGAUCA